UUGCUGCUUGACACCAUGGCAGAAGAGGAUGGGGACAUUUAUCCGAAGCUCAAGCACUUUCCCAUGCUGUGGCCUCCUCCACGGUUCCGCUCCCAGAGUGACUCCUCCAGCUUUAGAUCCAGAGUGCUGUUCAGGAUCAGAGGAGCCCAAUCAGUUGAUGGGUUGGAGAAAUCUUCAUCAUUGGCCAGCUGUAACAUGGUGGUGGACAGCGCUGCCAAUACCCAGAACGCCCCUGGGUUGCGUCAGCAGCGAGGCAAGCUGUCAUCACUAGGUAAACUCUUCAAACCCUGGAAAUGGAGGAAGAAAAAGACGAGUGACAAGUUCCAGGACCUUUCCAAAGUUCUUGAGAGAAAAAUUUCAACAAGACAGACAAGGGAGGAGCUCAUCAGGAAAGGAGUCCUCAUCCCUGACCAAGAGGAAACGAUCAGCAGUGAAAAUCUGAAUGGCCAUGCAAAAUCCAGUGUGACGUCAGGCGAGGUCAGAGUUCACAUUGAGUCAUCAGACCCACUGUUGAAGGAGCAGGCAUCUGCACCCGUCAGCACCGAAGACACACCUGAGCGAUGUGAUACUAAACCCACAGCUCAGGCAAGCCAGGGGCGACCUCGAGAAGUUGAAGCGAAAAAACAACACAGUGCCACUCUGCCUGCCUCUUCCAAAGCUGUAGGUGGCACUACAGGCACAACCAGGCACAGAGAUGCUGCCUCAGGACCUAAAAAGGCUGCCAAAACCGUUGGCAAGCCAGCCUCAUCUACACAAGCGAAAGUUAACUCUCGGGACACUAACAACACUAGUCAUGGGAUUGCCAAAUCAUCCCAUCCAAAGAAGACAAGUGUAAGUGCAAAAUCCUCCUCGUCUUCCGCCUCCACCUCUCGUUCCCGUGUAUCGAAGGAUGCAGGAGCAGCAGCACAGGGUCACGGGACGGAUCUAAGGACCAACCAGAAAUCAGACACUCACGCCUCAUCCUGUAUACCUCAGAAGGCUUUGGCAGAGACACUUCACUCCUUGUCUCUUUCCUCAGGCACCCCACCUGCAUCACAUGAGGGUGCAGGGGGCGAGGCUGAGAGGCCUCAGGUCACCCCUCAAUCUUGUCCAGAACUCAAAUCCUCUCCCAGCACAUCUUCUCUGGAUGAGGAAUCCCACCCUGGCUUUGCGCUUGAGUCUAUGGCCCUUUCUCCUCACAUCAACAAAGUUAUAGAGGACACUUCCUUCACAGAAGGAGAGACUGGUUCACAGAAGGAGACACAGGGGAGGACAGGAGGGGAGGGAGGAGAAGAAGACAAGAAAGAAUUAGACUCUGUUGUUGAGAACAGCCAGAGCUCAACACAGCAGAGCAACAGGGUCAACACUGAGCAGGCCAAGGUGACGGUGAUCCCCGAUAGGCCAAGAGACAGCCAAACGAGUGACUCCGACUCUGACGGGCCAAUUGUGUACCGCGACGAGGAGGAAGGAGAGGAGGAAGAAGAUGAGUACACAAAUAGCUCCCUCGCCAACAAGAUCCGCCGACGAGACACGCUGAACAUCAAGCUGGGGAACCGGCCCAGCAAGAAGGAACUGGAGGAGAAAAACAUUCUUCCACGGAGCUCAGAGACAGAGAGACACGAACUACGACAGCAGAUUGGCUGCAAACUAGUCAGGCGUUUGAGCCAACGACCCACCACUGAGGAACUGGAGCAGAGAAACAUCCUCAAACAAAAGAACGAGGCAGAGGAGCAAGAAGCCAAACAGGAGAUUAAAAGGAGACUCUCCAGAAAGCUGAGCGUGAGGCCGACAGUGGCAGAACUCAUCGCUCGCAGGAUCCUGCGUUUUAACGAAUACGUGGAGGUAACUGAUGCCAAGGAUUACGAUCGUCGGGCGGACAAACCCUGGACUCGGCUCACCCCUGCUGACAAGGCUGCUAUUCGCAAGGAGCUGAACGAGUUUAAGAGCCGAGAGAUGGAGGUUCAUGAAGACAGCAAACAGUUCACCAGAUUCCAUCGGCCCUGAGCCUCCUCCACCAGCCCGAUGUGCACUCCCGCAGCUCCACACACACCGUGCACGGCUCACGUUGUUCAGCUUUGGGAUCCUGGAGCGGCUGACGUGUGAAUCGUUUGCACAUAUCUAACAGUCGAGUAUGUUUGUGUCGUACUCCCAUAACAGCCAUUUAUUUAUUUGACACGGCCAGGACCUGGUGGUGUGUUUGUUUGUUUGUGGAGAGUUGAAUCUGGUGACUGAAUACCUCAAAUACCUUCAAUGAAAACUCUGAGGUGUUUAUCAUAGAGGUAAAAGGCCAUAUAUGGACAUCCUCCAUGAACAGGAAACAGGUGAUUGGAUAGUUGUGUGGUGAUGUCAUAAAUGAAUGAGAGGUAGUUUACUGGACUCAGAUGUGCCUCUGAGGUGUUCAUGUUUUUUUAGAAUUAUUUAAAACAGAUCACCAGUAGAUGGCGAUAUAUCAUAAGAAUUAUGGACUAAGCUGUGUCUGCUGGUGAAGAAGACCAUGAUUAUUGAGCUUUGGGAUCUUUGGCUGCUCGAAGCUUCGGAAGCGUAAUGAAAAUAAUUUCAUGAUACAUGAUGCUCGUGUUGCAUCAUUUUGUUUCGAGUUCAUAAGCUCAAAGCUCUGUUCUAGUUGUUGUUUAGAGGUUCUACCUUUCAAUUUUAGUAUUCAGGUUUUCAUUUUCAUUGUCAUCCCAUUUUUUUUGUAACUCUAUCCAUUUGGGAUGUGUUUGUUUUCAUACAUAUGUUCAUGGGAAAUCAGGUGUCAUCAAAUUUGGCUUCUUGAAGCAGUCAAAUUCAUUAGUUUAACUCCAUAGAUUUAUCUGCUUUUAAUACGUUCACCUGAGAGGGUCACAUAAGGAGAAGAAAGCUGACAUCUGACCCCUCUACGUCGCACUUUUAACACAUUUAUUAGAGACUUCUGAAGCCUUUAAUAUCAUCAGGAGAAAGAAGCCAUUACAUUUUGAUGUGGACUGGGAUCUAAAUUAGGAUUCAGUGUAAUACAGCCAUAAACAAGUUUGUAUCAGGUUUUCAGAAACUAAUGCACUGAUAAUAAGCAGAUAAUAAAGAGAUAUUUUCAUGAAAAGAUGGAUUCACUUAGCUUUUGAAUUACUUAAAUCUUGCAAAAGUGCUGUAAAAUGAUACAAGCUGAACAGAUUAGUGGACUGACAGAAACAUUUGUCCAAACCAUUAAUAAACAAUGAGGUUUGCUUCCAUCUUUAUAAAUAGAAUAAUUUGUUUUCUGUUUUAUAUUACUGAAAAUUUAGUUGCAUGCCCUUUUAGGAACAAGAUAUUUGAAGACAGUCGGGCUUUGUGCACUUGUAAUGGAGAUUUGUUGAAUGUUCCUCUCAAAAUAUGAACGAUUUACAGAGUAAUUGAUCAUGAAAAUAAAUGUUCCUUACAAAUCAUAUCAGUUUACAUUGACAGAAAUGUGAACACACACACACACACACACACUGGAAUCCAAAAGAAGUUGGCAGAACUCAGAAAAACUGAUGCAAUUGACUGUCAUUUUUUUUUAUGUACUCAAAAGUAGAGCCCGGCCGAUAUAUGGGUCAGCCAAUAAUAUUGACCAAUAUGAGCUUUUCGCGAAUGUGUAUCAGUGUUAUUUUUGCCGAUAUGAAAAAAUAUAUUUUACUGAAUAAGCAUUGCAGAAAAACACUUUGGCCAUUGGAAAUGGUACCAUUACAUAGUUUGUCCAGCAGAAACUGGUCUGACAUGGCUGGAACCCCAUCACCCCUUGGUCACAUUAGCUACAAGAAACAGAGGCAAAGCAACCAGCUAUAUCACGUUUACAAUCACAGUGAGCAUUUUACACUGACAAGAGACAGGUGAUUGCUGUGCUGCUAGCUAGGAGGAGCCAAAA